CCCGCUGGAGGUGUUUAUGAUGUACAGGAGAGUGUAGAACAGAACACACUGAAUCGGUUUCACUUUUACCGUCACAUUUGUACACAGAUCGAGUCUAAUAAUAAUAAUAAUAAUCCUAUCUGUUCCGGUAUUAGAUUCACACUCUGAUCUCCUCAACACGUUCAUCAUGGAUCAGUGGAUUACACACAGCGGGGAGAUCUGCUCUCUCUCCAUCUGAUCACACUCCUUAAUACACACACAUCUAUAAUUAAAAUACCAGCCUAAUCAGAUCUUCUCAUUACAUCUGAUUAUUACACUUACAGUCUGAUUCACUGCUACUGGAGUCUCGAUAAACACCGGACGAGAAAUGGGUGCAUUUUUGGACAAACCGAAGAUGGAGAAGCAAAACGUUCACGGCGAGGGCAACGGGCUGCGAUAUGGCGUGAGCAGCAUGCAGGGCUGGAGAGUGGAGAUGGAGGAUGCUCACACAGCCGUGAUCGGCCUUCCACAUGGCCUCGAACCCUGGUCCUUCUUCGCUGUGUAUGAUGGUCACGCCGGCUCGCAGGUCGCCCGCUACUGCUGUGAACACUUACUGGAGCACAUCACCAGCAACCCGGACUUCCAGGGUGGUGAAGGCGGGGACGAGGAGCCGAGUGUGGAGAGCGUUAAAUUGGGGAUCCGUACAGGAUUCCUGCAGAUUGAUGAACAAAUGAGGGAGAUGUCAGAGAGGAACAGAAGCGGUUCUACAGCCGUCGGUGCCAUGAUCUCACCACGCCGUAUAUUCCUAAUCAACUGCGGCGACUCGCGGGGUCUGCUGAGCCGAGGCGGCAAGGUUCACUUCUCCACACAGGACCACAAACCCAGCAACCCUCUGGAGAAACAGCGAAUCCAGAAUGCAGGAGGCUCUGUCAUGAUCCAGCGUGUGAACGGUUCUCUGGCAGUAUCCCGAGCUCUGGGAGAUUUUGAUUAUAAGUGUGUAAGCGGUAAAGGGCCGACGGAGCAGCUGGUUUCUCCUGAACCUGAGGUUUACGCUAUUGAGCGCAGUGAAGCUGAGGACGAGUUCAUCAUUCUGGCCUGUGAUGGAAUCUGGGACGUGAUGACCAACGAGGAGCUUUGUGACUUUGUACGUUCCCGACUGCAGGUUACUGACGAUCUGGAGAGUGUGUGUAAUGAAAUUGUCGACACCUGUCUGUACAAGGGAAGCAGAGACAACAUGAGUGUGGUGCUGGUGUGUUUUGGUGGGGCGCCGAAAGUUUCACCAGAGGCUGUGAAGAAAGAAGCGGAACUUGACAAAUUCCUGGAGUAUCGAGUAGAGGAGAUCCUGAAGAAGCAGAACGAGGAUGGUAUUCCAGAUCUUGUACAAGUGAUGAGAACGCUAGCAGCAGAGAGCAUUCCUGACUUACCGCCCGGAGGAGAACUGGCCAGCAAACGGAGCGUCAUUGAAGCAGUAUAUAACAAACUCAACCCAUACAGGAGUGAGGACACAGACUCUGCAUCGCCCGAUGACGUGUGGUAGCGUUUUACGUCCCACACACCUUCAGCACCACAUCUCCGACUUCUAUCAUUCACACACACACACUCACACACAUUGACCGGACCCAUCGGACCCUGGGCAGCAGGAGGAACGGUUCAUUCCUUCACCUGGAUCAACAUCGUCCCUUUACACUCAGCUCUACACUCACACCAGGACUUUUAUUCCUUUUUUUAUUUUUAUUUUUGAUGAUCCUCUGAUUCUUUUUUUUUUGGGCUGUAAUUAAUUUGAUUCACAUUUUCUCGUGUAUUUGUAUAUUUGUUUUUGAAGUGCAAUUGUAAAAAGCCUGUAUCAAAUGCAGCUUCCUAUUAAAUGUAAAAAAAAAAAAACAAACCUAAACAUUAUAAAUUCGGAAAGAAUAGAAAAAUAGAGCAAAUGUUUCUGCACUAUCUGCCUUUUUGUCGUAGGAAUGAAUUCAGUUCCCUUGAGGUUUGACGCUUACUUAAAACAUUUCCUAUGAGGCAUGUGCCGAGAUUACAAUGACAUAUCUCGACCAUUAAACCUUUUUAUUGUGGUUUACAAUAAUUUUACCAUAUUGCGUGCUUGAGUAGCGCAUCAGUCUUUUACGCUGGCCCACCACCUGAGAUCCGGGUUUAAAUCUUAGCUCUGCUAUCAGCCUGCUUGGCAUCUACCCAGACAGGAUUUGCUCUAACACAUGCCCACUCUGACACAUGCACAAACAUGAGACUGGUUCAUACGGAGAUCCGUAACGCGCACAGAAUCAUGCACUGAUCUCUAUUAUCCCGCCUCUUUGAGCAGACACCAUUGAUCAGCCAGCAGAGGUCGUAAUUGAAUCAGUUAUGAGAAAUCUCCUUCAUCAGUCAGCCCUAUGGGUGAGCCAGUCAUUGUCUGUAUAGGCGCCCGGCCUGCUGGUUGCAGAGUUUAGAUUCGAUCUUGUGAGAUACCAGUUCUGGUGUGCUAGUGUGUUUUACCACUGCGCCACCUGAGCACCCUAAUUUUAAUUCUGAGAACUGUAAAAAUAGUGUUUAUAUCUCUGCUGAAGGUUUAAAGCUGAGCAACAGGCAGAAUCUGGAGUUUUAGGUGGGUUUUGUUUAACUCGUUCAGGUUAAUAAUUCUGCACUCAGAACCCUAAAGAGCCCCUAAAAUAUUUAUUAUUUUUCUGAUUCUAUAGAUAAUCUGAUUGACGUCCUGGCAGGGUUUAAUUACAGCAUCAACACCCUGAUGAACAGAUUAUAAAUAGAUUUAUCCUAGAUAAACGACGUUGGAUGUGCAUGACAUCUUUUCUCGGUGGGAUUCGGGACACAGGUUCUUUUGCAGUACUGUGUAUUCUGUUUUUUUUUUUAUGUUGGUAAAGAAUAGGAACAAGGCCCCUGCCUGGUCAUGUUCUGCCAUGUAGCUGUAGCUUGUAAGGAGGGUAUGAGUGCAGUUUUUUAGGCUUGUGAAGUCUCCAUUGAUUAGUUUGGUGCGACAGGUCCCAUAUUAGACAUAAUUAGGACUCCAUUCUUCCAAAUGAAGCAUGUGGGUUAAAUAUUGCGGUUUAUCAUAUAAAUGAUGAUUGACACAUGCCUGAUCUGCAAUUUUUGAUGAAACGGGUAAAUGAUGGGCUCAGAGCAGCAGCUUUUUCAAUAAUCCAUCUGGGUUUUUUUCCUUCGGUUUUCAAUAAUGGGCACAAGUGUGUGUGUGUGUGUGUGUGUGUGGGUGUGUUCAUGCCCAGUUUUGUAACCCUGCGUCUUUGAGUAUUGGUGGUUUUUGUCUAUAUUAUUUUUGAAAGACAGUUAUUCUGGAACUGUUCCCAAACCAGGUUAGGCUGAAACGUUGCUCACAUGUGUUUGUGCCCAUGCCCAUGUAUGUUUUGCCUAUGCUACAUUUCCAGACAGAUCUCAACACUGAUAUUUUAUUAUUGCGGAUUUUUGUAUACUCUGCGUUUUCGUGUUCUGUCGUUGAGGUCCCCUCAUGAUAUACAAGUGCAAGUUAUGCCUAAAAAUGUUGUUAUUAAAGUGUAAUAACAAAACAACCACUAAUAAACACCAUCGUUGCCAGAUUAGCAUCAUAUUCAUUGCAAAAAUGAAUUAAUCCUAUAGCAAAGAAGUUGCAAGCGAAUCUCUAUUCUGAAUUCUGAGCUGGUUCUGCUCACUGUGUUUCUGUUUACCUCACUGUUCCACAUGAUGUUUUGUUGUUUUAUAGUAAAUUAAAUGGAAAGUUUGUUGCGAUGAGGUGCAGUGAUGUUCACACAGUGCAGAAUUCAGUCAUUUAGAGAAAAAGGCAGCAGCACACAGAGUAAAAUACAGGGCUGAUUUAGUUUUGUCUUUGUGCAUCCCAUGUGGAUUUUUUUUUUCUUUAAGGAAACGCAGUACACAAGACUGUAUAAAACAGUGGUCUCCUUGCCAAAGUCAGGAAGUUUUUCUUUUAAUCUUGGCGAUGAGACCACUGUACAAUUCCGUAUUUAUGUGGCUUUAGUCAAUCACAAUCAGUGGAGGCCGUGCGACAAAGUUAAAUUCAUGAUCCAAGCUGCCAUCUGUAGAUUUUUUACUCAGCAGAUUUUUUUCAGAAAACCCCACAAUAGAACAAAGAAAAAGUUUGUUUGCUAAUCAUUCAGUCACAGAAAGAGACUUGUUGCAGAAACCAUUGACACCCCCAAAACUGCCAUAAAAUACAUGUGUAGGCCUAAGGUUAGGAACAAACUUAAAGCACAUAUGUAAACGGGAUGGGACGGGAGGUGUAAGGGGAGAGUGGGGUUAAUCGUCAUCUGUAAUAUAUACAAAAGCUUGUGCUCGCUGAACUUGCUCCCCAUUAAAAUCCUUUGUACGAACACAUAUUGCUUGAAAACGUUUAACGAUGCAACUCAUAGUGCAGUGCAAAGCGAGUCCAAGUUACAUGUCUUUUACACUCGAGCUUGAGUGUGUGUAUCUCUGGUUUGUCAUGGCACAGCAGUUUAAUAAAGUCAGUUUAGCAAUACAAACAUGUAUGAAUUUUCAUCAGAUCAACAUUCCCAUUCAGGAAGGCUGUUAAGUGCAAGUGAGAUUGACUUGGGAUGAUUAAUAGGGGAGUCUAACGCCCCCUCUUAAGUAUGGCUGUUUAUAAGCUCUACAUUGACAUUAGGCAUUAAACCUGCUCCUCAAGUGCUUCAUGAUUUUCAGCUCGAACCCUCAUGUAACACACGUCAGAAUCGAACAGAAUACCGGAAUGAUCCAGUAAAGCUUGGUCAAGGCGAAGUGAACAAGGGAGCACUUGUAACUCAAUUGAGAUGUGUCCCUAGAGCAAGCUUAGACUGGCUGCUGUUUGUUUUUGUUGUGUUUGGUGAUUGUACGGGUGCAAGUGUUUUGGUGUAUGGCUCUGUAUUAUUGCGCCUGCAGAAUUCCUUUUGUUUGUAAAGAGUUUUUUUUAUUAUUAUUUGUAAUUUACGCCGUAAGUCCUGCAGAUUCAUUUCUGUGUUCCUCAAGUCAAUUUGUUUUCUAUUUUCUUUCAUUUUUUUGAAAUAAUUUUUAUAUAUCAAACUUUUCAGCAGAGAACAAAGGCACAGCAAUUUUCGACUUUGGGAGUGUGUAUCUAUCUGUUCCUCAGCUCUGGGACUUUUUUGUUGUUGUUUUUUUGUUUUUUAAAUUGGGAACAUGUCUGAACACUGUUUGCUGCUAGACUGCGCGAUUGAUUCAUGGUCGUAUUGAUUGUUAUUUGAUUGAUUCCAUGUUUUCCUCCCCAGUGCUGUAUGACACCUGUAGAUUAAAUUUCUGCAGACAGAACGUGACUCGAGGUUACUGUACUAUAGAUAUUUUAUUUCCAUUUUUAAUUUUUUUAUUUUGGACAUUUUGGUGGCUAAAUUGUCUCUAUGUCCUUCCUGAUAAAUUAAACCUCAAUAAUAAUAAUAAUGUUUGCUAGGAAGAGUUUUGAGUUAAUAAUAGGAUUUCUUUUUGAACCGAAUGAUCAGUCAGUGUAUUUUUUGUUGUUUUGUUGGAGUUGUUGUGCCCUUUUUUUAAACCUCACAGGGUGAUUUAUAAAAAAAAAUUCCCAAAUUUGUAUUGUAUUAAUAAAACUGACAAUCUAAUAGCGUAACACGAAGCUUCAUAUGUUUGGAUGUUGUGAUGGCGCUUAUCAGUGGUGCCUCCAUACCUGAAUAUUUUUGUAAUAAUUGCUUGAAUGGUGAGGGGAACAUUAUAAAAAAGCAGAAAUGUAUUAAUUGUAUGGUUUUUUGUUUAGGUUUUUUGUCAUGUGAUGACUCUAAAAUGAAACUGUAAAUGCUUUUAACCUGACCCGAAUAAAGCAUUUAUAACACACUA